AUGAAAAAGACUUUUAAUUUAAAAAUUGAAUUAAAGAGCUCCAGUUCUUCAGAGAAAACUUCUCCUUACUUAGAUAGUGAUGGCAAGUAUUUAAAAUAUAUAUUGUUUAAGGGAAUAUUAUGAUUAUUAUGAUGUUAUUAAAAUUGAUAAUAUAACUUAUGGUGAAGUUAGUGCAAAAAGAUGUGGAAGAAUUACAAUGGAGGAUAGAGUAAAUUUAAAUGAUAAUAAUUUAUUAGUUUUAAGCUAUUGCAGACUUUGAUGGAAAAUAAUAGUAAUUUUAUUUUGGAGUUUUUGAUGGUCAUGGGGGAUCUUAUGUAGCUAAAUUACUUAGAGAACAAUUACAUUUUCAAUUAAAAAAUAAUUAGUUUUUCAAUAUUGAUCUUGAAUAAGCUAUUUUAGAAAGUAUUCAAUAAUAUAUUAGCUCCAAAAUUAGGUUUCAAUUAAAUGAAUAUUGAUAUUCUUAAAUAAUAACAUAUUUUAAUGAAAGAUGGAGGUUCAACUGCUUUAUGUGUUAUUAAUGUAGGUAAAGAACUAUUUGUAAUCAAUGUUGGUGAUAGUGCUUGUGUAUUGAUUGACAAAGAUUACUAAAUAACUAAAUUAAAUUAAGAGCAUAAACCUGAUAGAUUAGAUGAAUCUAAAAGAAUUACUGAUAACCAUGGAUUUGUAUUGACCAUUAAGUAUAUACACAAUUAAAUAGAAAUUAGGCUAGAAUUAAUGGUGAAUUGGCAGUAAGUAGAUCUUUUGGAGAUCCAAAAUAUAUUGAACAUGGUUUAACUGCUAUUCCUGAAAUUACUAAGCUGUAAUUAAAUGAAAAAUCUAAAUAUUUAAUUCUAGCAACAGAUGGAUUUUGGGAUGUGAUUACUAUACAAACCCUCUAAAAACUUCUUUUAAAUUGGGAAAAUUUCAAUGAAAAAGAAGGUCUUUCUCAAUAUUUACUAGAAUCAGCA